CACAUUCCGAACUGCAUCGAAUGGUGGUGAGUAUGUACAAUAUCUAGUGGAGAGCUGUUAGUUGCUGACUGCGAGAGAUGAUGAGAAAGAGCAUCAAUGUACCAUAAUCGGGGCGAUCCCCGGACGCCAGUAGUGGGGGCUGCCGCCAUGGGGCCGGCACUCAUAGGAUCGGGCAUCCCGGAUACACUGCGCGGGUCCGGAUACACUGCGCGGGUUCGGAUUGAUCACGGGCACUCGCCGAAGACGGCGACGCAUAUUCGAAUUCAGAAAACGUUCAGCUCAUGUGGCGCUGGUGGCAGAGCUCAAGGAUUUCGAAUGAGGAGUGGCAUGCGCAAAGAUUUUUUGGAUUUUUUUUGGAUUUUUGUGGUGUGGUGUGGGAGGAAAGAGAGAAGGAACCUCCGGAGGAAGUCGCUGCCUAUAAGGCCUCGACUGCUUAGUCAAGUCGCUGCGGCCAUUGCUCCGGAGAUACAUGACACCGGAGGAAGGCACGCGUGCGCGAGGAGGCAGUUUGGUAGAUAUGUACCAGACACAGGCAGCAGAUCAAGCAUCCAGCACCGAAUGGCAGCAACCUUUGGGCCCCAGGAGGCGCAGUCCCAGCCAGCAUCGUCACAAUCGGCUUCGCCAUAGAAGCAGCAGCGACCUUUUGACUGGGCGCCUCUUGAGUAAGCCCCAACCAAGAGGUUCGCGUCGGCCCUGGGUCUUUCACCUCCCUCCAAAGUUUGAAAGGUUCUCUCGCUGAUGGCCAUGUAGAAGAACAUUCCUGUCUAGCAAAGCCGAAGACACGCAUCAACCGAUCUCCC